AUGAAACCUUUUUUAUUCGUAUUAUUAUUGAUUAGUGUUUUAACCGAUGCAAAACGUUAUAAAUGUAAUAAUAGACUUUCUUGUGGUUGUGGUUCAUCGAAUGUUGAAAUAAAUUCACGUAUUAUCCAUGGUGAACAAGCAAUACGAUGUAGUUGGCCCAUGAUUGUAUCGAUACGCUAUGAUUUUAUUCAUAAGAAUUUAUCAAUGCAUACUUGUGGAGGAACUAUUCUUACAGAUUCAUAUAUUCUCACUGCAGCUAGUUGUUUAGAAGUAAUAAGUGAUGAUAUAAAAUUUGCGAAUAUAAGUAUUGCUGCUGGUAUGCACAGUAGAUCUGAAUCAGAUCAAAUCAUACGAGAAGUUGAUCAAAUUAUAAUUCAUCAAAAUUGGACACGUACACAGAAUGGAUAUCAUCAUGAUAUUGCUUUAGUUCAUUUAUCACAACCACUUAAUUUUCGUAUGAAUUCUUGUAUUACACGAACAUGUCUUCCAUCACAAUUAAAUACUCUCAAAGAAUUGUUACAAUAUCCAUUACCAGAUGAAACUUUAGUUGUUGCUGGAUGGGGACAUACAAUUUAUUCUGAAAAUCACUCAGAUAUUUUACAACAAGCAAUGGUUUUUUCAAUUGGCCAUAAUGAUCCAAAAUGCAAUAAUAGUGUCAGUGAUUUAAAGGGACAAUUCUGUGCAGGAAUGCCUUACACAAAUACAGGUUCUUGCCAUGUUGAUAUUGGUAGUCCAAUAUUCCAUUGGAUCGAAGAUCAUUGGGAACAAGUUGGUAUUACAUCCUUGAGACCAGGUAGUUGUAGAAAAAAUUCAGCUAUUGUUUAUACACGAACUGCAUGCUAUCGUGAUUGGAUUGAAGAACAUAUUAAGACUAAUGAUAAAAUUACAGAAGAAAUAUCUUUCACGAUAACUCUUCCACCAAUAGAUAUAACAGAUGUACCUUCAACUACUUAUUUAUGUGAUAAAUAUGUAGUACCAUGUGGUUGUGGUCGUCGAAGUGUUCAAUUUCCUCAAACAAAUAUUCUGGUUGCUACUGAAGCUAUACCUUAUAGUUGGUCAAUGAUUGUUUCUAUACGUUUGAAUAGUACUAAUAAACAUGCAUGUAGUGGAUCAAUUUUAUCUCAAUCUUAUAUUUUAACAUCUGCAUCUUGUAUUGCUAAUGUACCAUCAUUUGGUAUUAAUAUUGUAGCUGGUAUUCAUAAUUAUUCAGAAGAUGAUGCAACAUAUCGAAAAGUGGAUCAAAUAUUUUUACAUCCAGACUAUAUAGGAAUAUCAAAUAAUUACGCAAAUGAUAUUGCAAUUUUGCAUAUAUCUCAAUCGUUAGAUUUCGAUAUUAAUCCUUUUAUUAGUCGAAUAUGUUUACCUGAAAAAUUUGAAUCAAUAGAGAAUCCAAUGAAUUAUCCACAACCUGGAACACGUUUAGCACUUAUCGGAUGGGGAUCUAUGAGUUGUCAAAAUAAAACUAAUCAUGAUUUACUUCAACAAAUUCAAAUAUAUUCUAUGAAUCAUGCAGAUAAAUCUUGUUUUGUAUUGGAGAAACAUCGUAAUACUCAAUUUUGUGCAGGAAUAGAAGAAGAUGGGAUAGUUCCAUGCGUUGGGGAUCCUGGAAGUCCAAUAUUUGAAUGGUUGACAGAUCGUUGGCAACAAGUUGGAGUUGCAUCACAUAUAAUCGAUUGUGUUCCAUUUAGAUAUUCAGGAAUCUAUACACGAAUUAUAGAAUAUAAUGAUUGGAUUCAAUCAAUCAUUAGUAAUUGUUCAAUAACAUCUUCAUCAACAUCAACACUAACUACUGUUAUUACUACUACGACAACUGCAAAAUCUUCUGUCUCAUAUCAAUGUAAUACAACAUCAACAUGUGGUUGUGGCAGUACUCCUGUAUCUUUAACACCAUCACGUAUAGUUGGUGGUGAAAAUGCUUUGGAAUCAAGUUGGCCCAUGAUAGUUUCAAUGCGUUGGAUUCUUGAUGAUUAUCAUCGUUGUGGUGGAACUAUAUUAUCUAAUUCUUAUAUUCUUACUGCUGCUCAUUGUCUUCAUGGCUUUGUAUCAAAUCCACCCAUUGGUGUUACUAUUGCAGUUGGUAUGACAAAUAUUUCAGAUUCAAAACAAAUUCGACGUACUGUUGAUCAUAUUUAUAUUCAUCCGAACUAUAUUGGUAGACAAGAUAAUUAUCGUCAUGACAUUGCUUUAAUGCACAUUAAUCAAUCAUUAAUGAUUGACCAUAAUCGAAUUUUAACAAAAACGUGUAUACAUCGUGUCAAUCCACCAAUGUUGAACAAUCAAUAUAUAAAAAAUGGUGCACGUCUUACUGUAAUUGGAUGGGGUGAAACGAAACAGAAUCAUUUUCAGUCACCUACAAUUCUUCAACAAGCAGAAGUUUAUGCAAUUGAUAAUGAAAAUUCGAUAUGUAGAGCAGCAAUGAAUGAUUCAGAAAUACAAUUCUGUGCUGGAUUACCAGAAGGUGGAAAAGACUCUUGUCAAGGUGAUUCAGGUGGACCUAUAUUUCAAUGGACAGGACAAUAUUGGGAACAAGUUGGUAUUGUUUCACAUGGAAAUGGUUGUGCACAACCUGGUUAUCCAGGUGUUUAUACUCGAUUAUCAUUUUAUUAUGAUUGGAUUAAUGAUAUUCUAAAAAAUGAUAAUGAACAUUUGGAACCACAAUUUUCAUCCUAUGAAACUUCAACAAAACCUGAUACGACGACAACAAUUAAUGAAGCAACACCACAUACAAAAAGUUAUGCUCAUAAUCAUCAAGAAAAAGUUCUUACUUUUGCGAUAAUUGUUUGUUUUCUUCAGUAUUAUUUUAUGAUAAACACUUUAUAA